UUCUUACUAGCAAUAACUAGGGAUUACAGUGGUUGUUCUAACUGCUAUUGCUCCCUCCCAUAGAUUUUACUAGUUUUUGUUUUUGUCCACCUCUUCAGUUGGAAGUCCAUUUUUGUCUCUGGGCAGCGCUUGCUUUUUGGUCCUUUUGUUUCUUUUACAUUUCUGAGUUGGGCAUACGUAGCAGUUACAAACAAUGAUUUAGCUGGGUAAUUCAAUUGGGAUGGCUUUCAAUCUGGGCAUGGAAUCUUUGGUGGGGUUAGCACGUGGUUUCUGUUGUUGAACUACUACUAAUGCUUAAAAAUGGGUAGGUGUUGAAUAUUUUGAACACAAAACUGCUCUUGUUGGAGGAUGCCAAAGCUAGGGUUUUUCCUUCCUUUAAUGCAGUUAAAAAGGUUUCCAGAGCAGAAUUUCGGCCAAAGAAUAAAUUACUGAUAUUGAAAAAAAAAGAAAAACAUUUUCAUUUCUUGAAUUUGUUCUGCGUUGUGGAAAGUCGUCAGAUUGGUUUUGGAGAAACCAAGAAAGAUUCGUGUUAAUGCAUCUUUCACUAUGGAAACCUAUAUCAUUCUGUGCAGCGUUGAUGAUGGACAAGAAGAGCAGGAGAGGAAAAGGUUCUUGGGUGGAGGAGGAGGAGGAGUGGGGUAAGGCAAAGCCAUCAACUCUCAAGAAUUUGCCGGAGAACAAACUAAGGGAGGCUCUUGAGGAGGCUUCUGAAGAUGGGUCAUUGGCAAAAUCACAUGAAAUUGAUUCUGAGUCUUUGAAUCAAGAUGGCUACUUGGGAAGGUCAAGAUCUCUUGCAAGGCUUAAUGCCCAGAAGGAAUUCUUGAGGGCAUCUGCUCUUUUGGCUGAUAGGACAUUUUGCACUGAAGAAUCCAUUCCUGACUUUAAUGAAGCCUUCGAUAAGUUCUUGACUUUGUACCCAAAGUUCCAAUGUUCAGAAAGAAUUGACCAAUUGAGAUCAGAUGAGUACAGUCACCUAUGUGAUCCAGGUGCAAAGGUAUGCCUUGAUUACUGUGGUUACGGGUUGUUUUCUUAUUUUCAAACGCUACAGUAUUGGGAUUCAUCUGCAUUUAGCUUAAAGGAAAUUACUGCAAAUUUGAGCAAUCAUGCACUUCAUGGGGGUGCAGAGGACGGUACUGUGGAGCAUGAUAUUAAAACCAAAAUUAUGGAUUACUUGAACAUUCCUGAGAAUGAGUUUGUACUUCUUUUUACUGUUAGUCGAGGAUCUGCAUUUAAAUUGCUGGCUGAAUCAUAUCCUUUCCAUUCGAACAAGAGGCUGUUGACUAUGUUUGACCAUGAGAGCCAGUCUGAGUUGGAUGGCUCAAUGUGCUAAAGAGAAGGGUGCAAAGGUGUACAGGGCCUGGUUUAAAUGGCCAUCCUUGAAACUCUGCUCUAGAGAGUUGAGAAAACAAAUUUCAAACAAGAAGAAAAGGAGGAAAGAUUCUGCAGUGGGGCUUUUUGUUUUCCCUGUUCAGUCAAGAGUUACAGGUUCCAAGUAUACAUACCAGUGGAUGGCAAUGGCACAGCAAAACAACUGGCAUGUAUGGCUGGAUGCUGGUUCACUAGGUCCUAAAGAUAUGGAUUCACUUGGUUUGUCCCUUUUCCGGCCAGAUUUCAUUAUUACAUCAUUCUACAAGGUAUUUGGUUAUGAUCCAACAGGGUUUGGAUGCCUUUUGAUAAAAAAAUCUGUGAUGGCAACCCUUCAAAACCAAACUGGUCGUACGGGGUCUGGGAUUGUGAGAAUUGUCCCUGAUUUUCCUCAGUACCUUGGUGACUCUCUGGAUGGCUUUGAUGGAUUAAUGGGCGUGGAAGAAAAGGCAGAUGACAAAAAUGAAAACACUGAACCAGAAAAGCCUGGAGGGCCGCAAUUGCCAGCAUUUUCUGGUGUUUAUACGGCCUCACAGGUCAGGGAUGUUUUUGAGACAGAGAUUGAUUAAGAUAACAGUUCAGACAGGGAUGGGGCAAGCACAGCAUUUGAGGAAGCCGAUAUCAUUUCAGUUGGGGAAGUUAUGAGGAGUCCAAUUUUCAGUGAAGACGAGUCAUCUGAGAACUCGUAUUGGAUUGAUUUAGGUCAAAGUCCAAUUGGGUCUGACAAAUCUAGUCAAUUAACCAAACAGAAAUCAGACUCACCUCUGCGGCCCUCAUUGUUUCCUGCCAGGAGAAACAAUGAGCAACUUUCUCUGAAGGUUACGUCUAAAUAUACGGAGAGUCCAAUACAUGAUGACAAGAGGUUAAGUUUCAGAAAGCCCGAAGAUCAUGUCUUAUCUUUUGAUGCUGCUGUGAAGCCGGUAUCACAGGACCUGGACCAUGUUAUGGGAAUCCCUGAAGAAGAAUCCCUUUCAGAAACAGAGCCAAAUUUGAAAAAGCUUGGAAACUAUGCUAAUGGCACAAAUAUCAGAGAGAUUCAGGAAGAAAAUGAAAGUUCUCUGGAAUCGAGGAUAGCAUGUUCUAGAUGGAGCUGUACUUCAAAUGGAUUUGGGGCAAAGCACAGAAAUUCAGGCUUACGGCAUAGCAAACUUGAGAUUUUGUCCACAUCUGAGCUUUGCCCAGAAAGAAAAGAAAGUGCCAUAAGAAGAGAGACAGAGGGUGAAUUUAGGGUCUUGGGGAGGAGAGAAAGGAAUGGAUACACUGGAGGCAGAUUUUUCGGACUGGAAGAUGGUGACAGAGUUGCUGGCAUGGGCUGUAGGGUAUCGUUUAGCUUGGAUGAUAGCCAGAUUGUAAAUCCAAAGUCCUCUUUUGAACCAGGGGAACCUUCUGUGAACAGUUUGGUUGAUGCUGAAUCCAUCCAUGACGGUGAAUAUGGUGAUGAGCAAUGGAAUGGAAGGGAGCCUGAGAUUUUCUGCCGCCAUCUUGACCAUGUUAACAUGUUAGGUCUUAACAGAACAACUCUCAGACUGAGGUAUCUGGUUAACUGGUUGGUUAUCUCGUUACUUCAGCUUCAGUUUCCCAGUUUUGACAAAGGUGUUAAAACAUCCCUCGUGCAAAUAUGAGAAAUUUC